AUGAAGCAAGCAAUUUCAACUGUUCGUUUUGCCGACGAACUUUCAGUCAAUUCAACAGCCGGCGAAACUGGUGAUAGUAGUCAUGUACCUGAACCAUCAUUAAAAAGACGACGAAAAUCGGGUAUUUUAAAGAAGACACCCAACACAAUUGAUAGAGCAGAUGCACCACCCAUUAUUCGCUCAGAUGAAGGUCUCAGUCGUGUAUCACCGUUUAAUAACUUUUCUUUAUUUUUGAGUUUAACAAUACGAUCGUUUGGAAUUAUAUUUGGCGAUAUUGGAACAUCUCCAUUAUAUGUUAUUAAGGCAGUUUUCGAUGAUGAACCGACGGAACAACAGUGUAUUGGUGCGGUAAGUCUAAUUGUAUGGAACUUAAUUAUAGUUGUUUCAAUUAAAUACACCAUAUUCAUCCUUAUGGCAGAUAAUCGUGGCGAAGGUGGUCCUUUUGCACUCUGCGGACUGCUCACUGGAGAAUCCAGUAAAUUACGAGCACGUGCAAAAUAUUUUGCUAGUAUUGUAGCAUUAUUAGCUGCUUCUUUAGUAAUUGGUGAUGGUGCACUGACGCCAGCUGUUUCGAUUUUAUCAGCCAUGGAAGGUCUUACAGUAGCUCAGCCAGAGCUAAAGGUAUGGACGGUGAGAAUAACUGUUGUUAUCAUUGUGUUUAUAAUGUUAAUAAUAAUCGGUAUUUGGCGUAUAACAUUCAGACCUGUUAUAUUACGAGCAUUCAAUCCUUGGGAAGCUUUACAUUAUCUUAUACGGGAAAAAAGGACGGGAUUUUAUCAAAUUGGUAGCACAUUUUUAGCCGUUACUGGACUUGAGGCUCUGUACGCUGAUUUAGGUCAUAUUGGACGGUGGCCUAUUCGUUUCUCCUGGUUUACACUGGUAUUUCCUGCCGUGUUAAUAAAUUAUCUUGGUCAAGGUUCUCUACUUAUCUUGGAUCCAUCAACAAUUACAAAUCCAUUUUAUUAUUCUGUUCCACAUUGGGCUCGAUGGCCAGUACUCGUAUUUUCGAUCGUUGCCACCACAAUCGCAUCACAAGCAAUUAUUACUGGUAGUUUUUCUUUAAUAUCACAAGCUGUAGCUCUCGGAUUUUCUGUUCCCUUUGAAAUUAUUCAUACAUCACAAACAAUUAUUGGUCAUAUAUAUGUUCCAGCUGUCAAUUAUUUUUUACUAAUAUUAACAUUGGCGGUAACAAUUGGAUUUCAGACAAGUGACCAUAUCACUGAUGCAUAUGGUGUAACAGUGUGUAGUGUUAUGGUGUUAACCACAAUUUUAUACAUGAUGGUGAUGAGAUGGACAUGGUCAAAACCUGUAUGGCUUGUACUUCUAUUUGGUAUCUUUCUUGUCAUUGAUGGUUACACAUUGGCGGCUAACGUUGUCAAAGUUCCUAGUGGAGGAUGGGUUGCCAUCUUGAUUGCUGUUGUUCUAUUUCUGUUGUCAUUUUGUUGGUUUUACGGUAAUUGGUGUUUAAAACAGUUUUUUCAUGGAUACGUGCAAACAAAAAGUUUAGAAGAGUUACAGAUGAGAUUGGGAGUAAAAUCGAUCAGCGAGAUGUCACCGGCUCCAGUAAUCGAUGAUAAUAACAACGCAGAAGAUGAUGAUUCAGAUACAGAAUCACAUAUUGCAAUAAUUCCACACCAACGGCAAGUAUCAUUAGAUUCCGAUCUUCGGAUAUCUUCACAGAAUAGUCUCAUUAAUCAGGAACAAUUAAAUAUCAUGUCUGGUCUAGGCUGUUUUUUGACCAAUUCGCGAAAAUAUACUCCUCAUGUAUUCGAAAGUUUUUUAAGACGGACGCACAUUAUACCACAAACCAUUAUUUUUCUCAAAAUUGAAUAUGCUCGCAUUCCUGUUGUAGAUGAUGAUAAGCGUUUAUUAGUGAAAAUAUAUGGUGAAACAAUAUAUCAUAUUACAGCCAUAUUUGGUUAUUCAGAAUCAUAUAUUAAUUUAUUUAAUGUAUUGAAACUGGCCAGAAUUUUGUACAAUGUACCGGUGCCAGAACAAGAAUCAGACAUAACAUUUUUUAUGUCAAACGAGACAAUUGCUGUUUUAACUAGAGGUUGGAAAAGUUGGAUUCGUCGAUGGCCAUUGUAUAUUUAUCGGCUGAUGAAAAGUCUCUAUCCAGGUGUAUCGUUGAAUAUCGAACUUGCACCAGAGAAUACGAUAAUAAUUGGCAUUUUAGCUGAACUGUAG